ACAGCCGUCAGAUCACAGAGCAGAGCAGAAGUAUGACGUUUAACACAGCGUUGAGUGUUGCUGGAACCAUACUUCUGAACAUAGCAGGUUCUUUCUGCCAGUUAGAUGUAUGUGGUCAAGCCCCCUUCAACAACAAGAUUGUUGGAGGGCAGGAUGCAACGGAAGGUGCUUGGCCGUGGCAAGUCAGCAUUCAAAGCGCCACAUUUGGAGGCCAUUUCUGUGGUGGGAGUCUAAUCAAUAAAGACUGGGUUUUGUCUGCAGCUCACUGUUUCCAGAGUUCAAUGAGUACCAUUGAGAUCUACCUAGGACGUCAGAGCCAGUCGGGCUCAAACCCUAAUGAAGCUUUCAGGACAGCGAGUAGAGUCAUCAACCAUCCUGACUAUUCCGAUCCUACCCAUGACAACGACAUAGCACUGCUCCAGCUCUCCUCAUCUGUGACUUUCUCUGAAUAUAUUAGGCCAGUCUGUCUGGCGGCUGCUGGUAGUAAAUUUGCUGCAGGUUCAGACAGCUGGGUCACUGGAUGGGGAACACUACAGUCUGGAGGUGCGUCUCCUGACAAACUGCAGGAGGUGAUGAUACCAGUUGUGAGCAACAGUGACUGUGAUGAUGCUUAUGACAUUCUCAAAAUCACAAGCAAUAUGAUUUGUGCUGGAUUGUUAAAUGAGGGAGGAAAAGAUUCAUGUCAGGGAGACUCUGGAGGUCCACUGGUCAGUAGGAACGGCUCCCUGUGGAUUCAGUCCGGCGUUGUUAGUUUUGGUAUUGGAUGUGCAGACCCUAAAUAUCCCGGUGUGUAUGCCAGAGUCUCUCAGUACCAGGACUGGAUCACCUCUACAAUAGGCAGCAACCCACCUGGAUUUGUCGAAUUCAACAACAAUGCAUUCAUAAACUCACCCAACCUCCUUUUAUUUGCAGUUUCUCUAACAUUCUCCAUCAUUCCUUCCAUAAGCUCCCUAUAUCUCUCUUCAUAG